AUGAUCAAUCGGGUCUUCAAAUCAUCCAGAUUUUUUCACAAUUCAAUGAAGCGUGGGAUUCCCAAUGUCAUUUCCCUUUCUGAAACAGAACUGAAGAUUCGAAAUUUACUAGUUGAUUAUUGUAACCACUACAAUGCAUCUCACCAGGAAAAGCCAUUGACUUUGAGAAUCACAGGAGGAUGGGUUAGAGACAAGUUACUUGGAUAUGACAGUCAUGACAUUGACAUUGCCGUCAAUCAUCUUUCAGGCGAGGAGUUUGUUUAUAGCUUCCAGGAGUAUUUAAAGAGAAAAGACCCGCAAUUUUCGGUUAACCACGUCCAUACGAUAAAGAUGAACCCAGAAAAGUCAAAACACUUGGAGACGUGUACGACGAAGUUGUAUGGAAUUGAUUUAGACUUUAUAAACUUGAGGUCAGAAGAGUAUGCACAUGAUAGUAGAGUUCCAACCAUCGAGUUUGGUACCCCACUUCAAGAUGCAUUGAGGCGCGAUGCCACUUUGAAUGCACUAUUUUACAACCUCAAUGAAGAAAAGAUCGAGGAUUUCACUGAAAGAGGGAUGGAUGAUUUACAACAUGGCAUACUAAGGACACCACUCCCCCCGAUAAAGACCUUUUUGGACGAUCCAUUACGCAUACUCAGAUUGAUACGGUUUGCCAGCAAGUUCAACUUUGCAAUUGAGUCAGAAACCUUGGACGCGAUGAGAGAGAAACACAAUCAACAAGCUCUACUGACAAAAAUAAGCAAGGAGAGGAUUGAGAUAGAAUUGAGGAAAAUUUUAAUCAGUCAAAAUCCUAGCUAUGGAUUGCAAUUGAUCAAUUAUUGUGACCUCAGUAAAUGCAUCUUUUUUGUCGAGGGGUUGAAAAAGGAGUUUGAUGCUUAUCAGUUGGAAUUAGCCUUGAGCAAGAUUCCUCACCAGGUUAGUGUCGCGAGUGCAAUCUACCUCACCUUUGAGCAACUCAUUCUCGACUCUAAGAUCGAAUCAGUGUUUCAAAAGUUUCUAGCAGACAGUGAUGCGAGAUUCAACUUUUGGCUUUCAGUUAUACUUCACCCUUACUCCAUUGUCACAGGAAAAUCAAAGGACAUAUACAACCAAUAUUUGAGAUUGGGACUAAUGGCGAAAAAGAGCGACAUCACCAAGGUAUCUGCAAUAGAUUUGACAAGCAAUGAAGUAGUACAAAGAUACUUUACUAAUCCAGGCAAUGUAAAGAGAUCGGACUUGGGAAUCUACUUGCGGCGUUUUCCCGGAUACAUGGACCUCAAUUUAAUUGUCCAAUGUUAUCUCGAGUGUGUCGAUGCUAUACGCGUUGAGACACCAGUGGAAAUUCCCGUACCCAAUCAUAGUAUCAAAUGCACCACUGAUCAAGUAAAGACAAUUCAAAGCAUCAUCAACAAGUAUGAGUCAUUGUACUCCACCAUUAAAUCGCUAGACCUUUCAGAGGUUCACCUUAUGAGGCCGCUUCUAGAUGGAAAACAGCUAGGAAAGUAUCUAGAUAGGAAGCCGGGGCCAUGGAUGAAACCAGCUAUGGAUAAGGUUCUUGUUUGGCAGUUGGAUAAUCCUGACGGCACAGAAGAUGAAUGUAUAGAGUACAUAAAAUCAACAUUGUAA